AUGACCCAUCUCCGCUCGCGCAGCCGGAACGCAACCUCUCCGGACUCCGCAUCGCAGUCCGUCGUCCGGCCAAUGGGGCCCUGGCAGGUGCAUGUCCUCUCCACCCUGCCGCUAAAAGCGCUGAGUUACUACUGGGGCCGCUUCAACGAGAUUCCUCUCCCGCGCGCGCUGCGGGUCCCCGGCUUCAAGCUUUACGCUUGGAUCUUCGGUGUCAAUCUGACGGAAGUGGAGAAGGAGGAUUUGCGCGAGUACGCGAACCUGGCCGAGUUCUUUUACCGCAGGUUGAAGAGUGGUGUUCGCCCGAUUGACGGGAGGGCGGGAGCGGUGGUGUCGCCGGCGGAUGGGAGGGUGUUGCAAUUCGGUGUUGUGCAUGAGGGGCGGAUGGUGGGUGGGGUUAAGGGGAUGGAGUAUUCGCUGGAUGCCCUGCUGGGGGGGAAAGAGGGAAGAGGGGAGGAGGCAGAGGCGGGGAAGGUCUCUACAGUGGUGGCUAGAUACGAACCUGGUGGGGAUGCGGGUAGGGAAUUGGCGCACACCGACGUAUCGACCCCCCCACCGCCCUCCUCCGUCACCUCCGUCACCGCUUCUCUCUCCUCAUCCUGGCACUCGCCCCCCCCCUCGAAAAACAACCUCUACUUCGCCGUAAUCUAUCUGGCACCCGGCGACUACCACCGCUUUCACUCACCAACAAACUGGGUAAUCGAGUCCCGCCGUCACUUCCCCGGCGAACUCUACAGCGUCUCGCCCUACCUGCAAUCCCGCCUGCCCGGCCUCUUCACUUUGAACGAGCGCGUGGUCCUCCUGGGCCGCUGGCGCUACGGCAUGUUCAGCAUGACCCCCGUCGGCGCCACGAAUGUUGGCAGUAUCAAGGUGCAUUUCGAUAGGGAGUUGAGGACUAAUAGUCUUGCCAGAGAUGUUACGGGCUUGGGCUCGGGAGGCUUUGCGGAGGCGACGUAUAGGGGGAGUAGUGAAUUGCUGGGCGGACAUCCAAUGGUUAAGGGGGGGGAAAUGGGGGGGUUUAAUUUGGGGAGCACCAUUGUGCUCGUUUUUGAGGCGCCUGGGGGUGGGGGGGAUGGGGAGAAGGGAAAGGUGAGAUUUAGGUUUUUGGUGAAGAGGGGGCAGAGGGUUAAGGUUGGGGAGGCCUUAGGGGUAGUGGAGUAGUCCUUGUACUUUUUCUUAUUUUUUUUUUCUAUCAUACUUCUAUUUUUGUUUACCAUUAUAAAGGGUGUAUAGAGGAAAAAGUGUAAUAGCGGUGUAUCAUAAAAUAUAUUUUCUAC